AUGAGACGGGGUUUUGCUUUUGCCUCAGAGCUGUCCUUCUUGUUGGAGCCCAGUGAUGUGAUCGCAGUACGGGACAGGCCGCUCCUGUUGGACUGCCUGGUCCAAGGAGAUGAGCCCAUAAUGUUGACGUGGAGGAGGAAUGGUGUGGCCGUCCCCAUCAGUCCCAGAGUCCAAGUCCUGGAAAACGGCACGUUGUUCAUCCAGAACUUUCAGAAACGGAAAGAAGGCAGCGACUCGGAUGUGGGCGAGUACGAGUGUGCUGCUCAAAACAGAUAUGGCUUGCUGGUCAGUCGCAAAGCCAAAGUCCAAAUGGCAUCUCUGCCAAAGUUCCACACUCACCCAGUGUCCAUGAAGGUGGACGAGGGAGGAGUGGCCCGCUUUCAGUGUCAGAUUAACGGGGUACCUGAAGCCAACAUCACCUGGGAGAGAGACAGAGCCGCACUCAACACCUCGGACAAAAGGUACACUCUCCUCCCAAUGGGCAUCCUGCAGGUGACCGGAGUGCGGCAGGCUGACACUGGUGUGUUUCGAUGUGUGGCCACUAACAUCGCUAACACCCGCUACAGCCACAACGCUACCCUCAACAUCUCUGGCCCAGGUAUAAAAACAUACAAGGAGCCCGUCAUCUUAUCUGGACCUCAGAACCUGACCCUGACUGUCCAUCAGACCGCCAUCUUGGAGUGCAUAGCCACAGGAAACCCAAAGCCCAUAGUUUCCUGGAGCAGGCUCGAUGGACGGUCUAUUGGAGUGGAGGGCAUACAGGUUCUCGGAACAGGGAACCUAAUGAUUUCAGACGUGUCUCUGCAACAUUCGGGCGUGUAUGUGUGCGCUGCCAACCGACCUGGCACCAGGAUGAGACGAACUGCCUUGGGAAGACUGGUGGUACAAGCUCCUCCAGAAUUCCUGCAAUGGCCACAGUCUGUGUCCAAACCAGCAGGGGGCAGUGCUGUGUUCACAUGUGUUGCUCAGGGUGUCCCAGAGCCUCACCUCAUAUGGCUGAAGAAUGGCAAAGUGCUUGUCCCUGGAAACAAUGUGAAACUGACUAACAACAACAGUACACUGGCAUUAACCCGCAUCAGCUCGGAAGACGAAGCCAUUUACCAGUGCAUUGCUGAAAACGGCGCCGGCACAAACCAGGCCAGCGCUCGUCUGGCCGUCGCUCAGGCUAAAGACCUCCCGGCUGCCCCACAGAGCCUCACCGCCAGCGCCCUGUCCGGCAACACCAUCCAACUCACGUGGGACCAGCCUCCAGCCGCCAUCACCGACGGCAUCAUCGGAUACGUUCUGCACAUCCGCAAGAUGGGAGAACCAGACAACAUGGAGCUUCAAGAGGCCAUAAGCAAAGGCAACUUUCAACAUGAUUUGACGAACCUGGAACCAGCUACCACCUACUCCAUCUACCUCAAGGCCUACUCUCCUAUGGGAGCCAGUGACCAGUCCAACACCGUGGUGGCUACUACACUGGGAGGAGUGCCCGACGCUCCAACAUACUUCACUAAAGUGGUGAACUCUACUGCUGUGCAAGUGCUAUGGCAGCUCCCCUCUAAGCCAGGCAAGAUUGAGGGCUUCCGGCUGUACUACCGCAGAGUCCCAAGUGCCGACUUUCAGGGGCCCAUCCAAACAGACUUCCAUGUUAAUGUCUUUACCAUCAUCAACUUGGAAGGUGAGGCGGUGUAUGAAAUCAAACUGGUGGCUUACAACGGGAACGGAGAGAGUGACAGCUCCAAAAGACUGGUGUCACUGGCAGAGGAAGUACCCAGUGCCAAAACUACUGGGUGUCAGUGUCGCGAGGGAGAUGCCUCUCUGGGCAGUGUUGUCAUCGGCAUUCACAUUGGCACUGCCUGCAUUAUCUUCUGUGUUCUCUUCCUCAUGUUUGGAUACCGCCACAGCUUGUUUUGCAAUAAAGGAACCCAAGACAGCUGGGCUGUUCCCAGAGAAAAUCUGAAUGGCAUUCAUAAAGAUCGAGCUAAUUCUUCAAAACUCGAGUCACAACCUCAGGCGGCACAAUGUCAGGUGGUUAUAGAGCAAAGCGCAGCUGGUUUUCCAGGCACUGGGUAA